UUUUUCCGUUUCAGUCUCACACAGCACUUGGCGUUCACUGUGUCAGAAGGAACUCAGGUUCACUUACACCAGUCGUUUCCAACUGCUUCACAUCCAAGAAAGCUCUGGUUUCCUUCUCGCCCUUUUCUAUAAUCCAAACUCACAAAUCUUCUUCUACUUCUUCUCCGAAAACCCACUAUAACCCUCUCCAAAAUUCAAUGCAAGUACUCGAUUUCCCUCUGUUUUAAUCAAAUCUCUCGCUAGAUCUUUGUGGAUCACUAAAUUUUCAAUUUGGGUCUCUUCCAUUUUGUUCAAAUUUGAGGUUUCUUUGAAGAAUACCGAAUUUCGGCAAUGGUGGCUUCCUCUGUUGCCUCUCCGCUCUGUACAUGGCUCGUCGCUGCUUGCAUGUCGGUCGUUUGUGAAAAAGACAUCACUCUGAAAUCAAAAUCUAUGUCUCAAUCUCAGAAGAGGCUUGCUUGUUUUGCGAGACGAAGGAAGGCCGUGACUCAUUGUGGCAAUGGUGGUGGUGUAGAUAACCUCUCUGUUGGUUUGGUUUCGUCAUUGUGUGGAACUGGUAUUCAAAAUGCGAUGCGCUCUUGUCUCGCUUUCGAACCAUGUCAGGAGUACUACAGCUCCAAAGGCCUGUCAUCUUCUUUGGCCUUCUUUGGUGAUAAUGGAUUCUCACUUUUCGGGUCGAAGACGGUGCCGGCAACUCGCAGGCAGAGACGGAUGAACCGGGAUGCCCAUUCUGGAAAAACCAUGGCUGUGGCAGUGCAACCUGCAAAGGAAGCCACAUUAAAGAAGAAACAUCCUACGAAGAAAAGGCGGGUUGUUGCGACAGGAGUAGGUGUCGUAACCCCAAUUGGUGAUGAUGCAGAUGUAUUCUAUAAUAAUCUUCUUGAAGGUGUUAGUGGCAUAAGUGAGAUCGAGGCAUUUGACUGUGCUCAGUUUCCAACGAGGAUUGCAGGGGAAAUCAAGUCUUUCUCAGCAAAUGCAUGGGUUGCACCAAAACUUUGUAAGAGGGCAGACAAGUUCAUGCUUUACAUGCUCACAGCUGGCAAAAAAGCAUUGGCAGAUGGUGGGAUUGCAGAAGGUGACAUGGGCGAGCAAGACAAAGCUAAAUGUGGCAUUUUGAUUGGGUCUGCUCUAGGAGGCAUGAAGGUUUUUCAUGAUGCAAUAGAAGCUUUACGAGUUUCUUACAGGAAGAUGAAUCCCUUUUGUAUACCUUUCGCUACUACCAACAUGGGUUCUGCUAUACUUGCAAUGGAUUUGGGAUGGAUGGGCCCGAACUACUCUAUCUCUACAGCUUGUGCAACGAGCAACUUCUGUAUACUAAAUGCAGCCAAUCAUAUUAUCAGAGGUGAAACGGAUAUGAUGCUUUGUGGUGGCUCCGAUUCAGCAAUUAUUCCUAUAGGAUUGGGAGGCUUCAUAGCAUGCAGAGCUCUUUCACAAAGGAAUAGUGAUCCAACUAAGGCUUCGCGCCCUUGGGAUAUUAAUCGUGAUGGAUUUGUUAUGGGAGAAGGAGCUGGUGUUUUGCUUUUAGAAGAACUAGAACAUGCUAAGAAAAGAGGUGCAACUAUCUAUGCGGAGUUUCUGGGUGGAAGCUUUACUUGUGAUGCUUAUCACAUGACUGAACCUCAUCCAGAUGGAACAGGAAUUGUUCUUUGCAUAGAAAAGGCUUUAGCUCAAUCUGGAGUAGCCAGAGAAGAUGUCAAUUAUGUGAAUGCGCAUGCUACAUCAACGCAGGCUGGAGAUCUAAAAGAGUACGAAGCCAUUGUUCGGUGUUUUGGGCAGAAUCCAGUGCUAAGAAUGAACUCUACAAAAUCCAUGAUUGGUCACCUGCUUGGGGCUGCAGGUGCUGUGGAAGCUGUUGCAACCAUUAAGGCUAUACAGACUGGAUGGGUCCAUCCAAACAUCAAUCUUGAAAAACCUGAUGAAGGCGUGGACACAAACGUGCUGGUGGGCCCAAAGAAGGAACGUCUGGACAUAAAGGUUGCACUAUCUAACUCAUUUGGCUUUGGAGGACACAACUCAUCCAUUGUGUUUGCCCCUUACAAGGAUGAGUAACUUCAACCAUGUGUUUGUAUGAAUGAAAGAAUGUUUUUAGCAUGACUUGUACUGCUUACAUACAAAUUUGAUAAAAGGAGCCAUGGCAAGGUUUGGUAUUUUCCCCCUA